GUAAGACGCUGUCAAAUAAUCAGUCAAUAAAUAAAUAAACUCAGAUUUAAGAAGAUAAAUACCUAAAAUCUUCAGUAAUUAACCGAAAAUUUUAGGAAUUUUCACAUUACUUGAGUAUAUCAAUUGAAGAAACUGAGUGAAAACCAGAACGAAUCAUUUGAUAACGAAAAUGUCAGAACUGACUGGAGGAGUCGAUGUCGAGGACGCCUUUACAGUUUUAGACGAAGUAAAUGAAGUACUAGAGGAAUUAUCCAAUCGAGAGACCUCUGUUAAAAAUGCUGAUGUGUCAGAAGUCGUUGUUAAAGAGGAAAAUGAAGAUCCUGCAGAAGAAAUUCAGCACGUAAAUUUAGAAACUAUACAAAAAGAGGAAAUGAACGAAGAAUGUGAUGUUGACAUGUGUGAGGAAGGUGGUGAUGAACAGCAAACAUUACAAACUGAAGAUAACGGUGCAGAAAAUAGUGUGAACGAUGACGAGUGUGAGGGUGAUGAAGAAGAACCUUGCAUUGAACAAUCUGACACAGUUGAUGACGAACCAACACCUGAAUUCAGUGACGAGAUUGUAAAACAAGCUGAAGUUAGCGGGAAUCUGGACGAAACUGGCAAUUUACGCGGUUCCGAUGUGUCACAAUAUGUAGAGGAAGAGGAACUUGAAAAACCAGAAGAAGAAUCUGAAAAACCUGAAAGUAAUGACACUCACCCAUAUCUCUACAUCAUUGAAACUUUUGAGUAUGAAAAGGAUCAAUUAAAUCUAACAACAGUGGGAAGUGUAAAAACACUAGAGGAAACUCCGUUUUAUAUGAUUUCGACUAGAACAGGAUUAGUCAAACUAUUACAAUCGUUAAGAAAUGUUAAAGAAAUUGGUUUAGACAUAGUGAGAGCUACAAAAGAUUUUGCAGGUACUAUUUGCUUAAUUUUAAUAUCGACACGUGAUGCCGACUAUUGUAUAGAUGCCUUAAAAUUGCAUCAUGAUCUGUUGCUGUUGACGGAAAUCUUUAUUAAUCCAAAAAUUUUAAAGAUCCUGGUUCGUGCAAAAUUUGUAUUGACUUACCUGCAACAAAACCUGCAUUUGUAUGUGAUUAACAUUUUUGAUAUUCAUCAAGUUAGAUCUGCUUUAAUGGGAGCUGAGGCUGAGGCUUGGACGCUGAAUUCUAUAUUGAAAAGUGAAUAUAAUUUUGAAAGAGGUCAGCUGAAAAAUCCAGAUCAUCAUAGGCGCCCAUUGCCCGAAGCCUACAAGACUUACUAUAGAGCUGGACCACAUUAUUUUAUUUAUAUUUACCAUGAUUAUAAAAACAGACUAAUUCUUAAAGAUGCUGAUUUAUAUAAAACAAAAUUGGAUGAGUUUAGAAAUAUGUGCAAAAUUGUGUUUUCAGAUAUGAACUCAGCAUCUUACAAGUCAUUAGAGGAUGAACUGAAAAAUCACCACAAAUGUGAAGUUGAACUUCUAAAAAAAAUAUUUGACUGGAGAGCUACUCUUGCACGAAAGAAGAAUCUAAAGUGUGAGAUGAUUCUUCCAAAAUCAGGUAUAUUCAGUCUUGUAAAACAACUUCCUACUGAAGAUAAUCAGAUUACUGCUUGUACAAAGUCUCCUCAUAUAAAAGGCGAUAUUGAAAAAUUGAAGUUUUUAAUAAAUGAAGCAAAAAUUAAGCACAACAUACGACCCAAAAAAAUCAGAAAUAAGAAGGGAUCUUUUUUGGUACCUAUGAACGAGUCACCAAUGCAAGGAAAUUUCCAGCAAAAACGAAAACAACUGAGUUAUCAGAAUGAAGUACAAAUUAAGCACAGACGUAUUGAACAUGUUAAUGGUGGAGCAAAAAAUAAUUUCCAGUAUAAACCAAUCAAGAAAAAAGUGAAUGAAAAAUUUGCAUUUAAUCAAAAUAAGCAAAAACAGUCUCCACAGAACAAAAAUGUGAGACAUCCAAACCAAACUAGUCUGUAUCAAAAUAAAAACAUAAAUGAAAAACCGUGGAUGGACAAACAGAAUAGUCGAGGCUCAUUCUUUGAUAAUAGCAGGGAUUCUUUUAAUAUGACCACAUCGAGUAAAAAAAGGAGUAGAUUUCAGCCACCUAAUAACAGAUACACAGAUACAAAUGAAAGUGAUGAUGUAAAUGAAGUUUUCUUGAGCCCCACCAGUGUUCCUUCGUCUUUUACAUUUCAAACUAAUUCAUCUAGAAAUCAUGCAGGUUCGAAUAGAAAUAAUUUUGACAGACAAACUCAUGAAAUAAUGCAAAUGGGAAACUUUGCUUCAUCUUCAAGGGAUAUGAGGCAAAUGAGUGAUAACGACAAUGAACAAGAAACGCUGUUUAAAUCAUUGAUUGAUUUAAAACAAGUUAGAGAUAAUAUAAGAUUACAAACUGAAAAUUAUGGAGGAAGUUUUAAAUCACCAAAGUACCAAGGUCUGAAUACCAUUGACCAUAAAAUUAAUAACUUAGAAAGACGACUUCAACAAAAACAAUCAAGAAAUCGCCGUGGAAAUCAUGGUGGAAACAGUAACGCCCCGUAUACGCGACGUUAUUAAUAUCUGUUUAAAAGUAUGGAAUAAUAUUUACCUUUAUUGUAUGUAAUAAGUAGCUGUUUAAUAAGUUACAAGUAACUAAAACUGUGUUUUUUUGCAUUUGUUCAAAAUGCGUCAAAUAUACAUUAUUUCAAAAUA